AUGGCACAGACUACAGAGGGUGCUUCUGUACACCCAAAUGACCUCAGCGCGAAGCAGGAGACUGUCUCUCGGAGGAAGGAAGGCGCUGAUCCUGAGAUUGUCCAGGUCAACACCGUGCAUUUCGGUUGCUUCAACGAUCGGAUCCAGAUAGAAGUGCAAAACCUUCAGACUGGACUUUCAACUCUGGAUGAUGCGAUCAGUGAGUUGACCAGGCAAUUCAGGAAGUAUAGAAAGAUAGUUAGCACCGUUGGUGAUCGCUACGGCGAUGAUGAGACCUUGAUGAGAAAGAUCGAUCUUCUCGAGACUGAAAAGAACGCGAUAUGGAAGCAAGCGCAGAAUGACCGGGACUCAUACAAAAAGGACAUGGCUGGUGCCGAGGUGCAGCACGCAGAGCAGAUGCUUGAGCUCCAAGCGAAAGCGGAGGCCGGCAGCCAGAAGAAAGUGGAAUACGAGCAGAAAAUUAAAGAUCUAGUCGAGCAGCAUACCCGUACCGAACAGAAACAGGAGCAGGAGUUCCAGCAGAAAAUACAAGAUUUGGAAAAAGAACAUCGACAGAAAAAGGAUCAGCUAGAAAAAGACAAUGAGCAAAAGAUUGCCAACCUAGAGAAAGAUCGAAAUGAGUUGGAAGAGACGAAGGCUCGGCUUAGCAAGGAGUUGCACGACCGGAGAUCCGAACGGGACCAGGAGAGAGAGCUACGGAUAAUGGUACAAGAGAAGACGCAAAAAGAUAUUACAGAGUUGCAGGGCGAGCUUACCAGCAUCAACAAACACACGGAGGAGUACAAGAAGAUAUUUGAGAGGGUCCACCAGAUUGUCUAUGAGCGCCUGACAGAUCUUCCAGAAAAAGCCUUAAAGAGACCAGCGGACACAUCGGAGAAAUUAUGCCAACAAAACCGAAUCUUUGAACAAAUCCCCAUCGGCGAGUCCGAGUGUUCGAUGAUGCUGCGACGAGCCGCUGCCGAGCACAUCAUCAUCAAGUUCAUAUGUGAUACGUUAUGGCGCCCCUUUUUCUCCGAGUAUCUAGUGUCGAGCGAAGUGAAUGACUCAGUUCUUCCGAAGAUGUAUGCAGGCAUGGCCGAAGCUGGAAAGGAUUUUCAACAUCGGUGGAAAGUGGCCACAUUGAAGACGUUAGACAACCUAGACAAGACAAAUAUGCCGAAUGGACAACAUAAGAUAGGGAAAAUUGUUGACCAACAAAUCAUCGGGCCCUUGCGCUACCUUCUGGACGACUCCCAGGCUCUCCUCUCCGACUUGAAUCAAAUCUUCUGUCAGGCUAUUGAAUUGGGUAAAGCUGCGGAGCGUGAUCAGAUGAACAUCAUCCUUGACGUCACUCCGUACCUGAGCGCACAAAAUUCAGGUGGUUGGAUCGAAUGGUUAGGCGAGGAUUAUGAGUCUGAUUAUGGGUCUGAUGAAUCUCCGUCAUCGCCAACUAGCACUUUUACGGCGGCUAGUUUGGUCGUCCGCACAGAGCCAUUGUUGAUAAGUCCCAAGAUUUUGCGUCAGGCGGAGACUAACGGACCUAUGGAGUUGGUUCUUCCGGGGCGAGCGAUAUUUCCGGAACGAGGUAUUUUCCAGGACGGGGCCUUACAAUGGCAGACGAUCCACCAUGCGUCGAGCCAGGCGGCGAGGGCGAAGAAUGGGUCCAAUCGACGACAAAGCACGGCCACGGCAGGGUUGGGAAUGAGUUUGCACUCACCGAUACAGACGCCAAAUCUAUGGAGUGCCUCAAGUGUGUUUGAGCAGCGAGAGUGA